CCGUUCUCCAUGAUCGGUGAAUCAUCAUAGCGACUUGGCGAUCUGGAGAAAAAGAAGGAUAAAAAGAGUUUAUAAAAGCGUAGAAGGUCCAGUAUGAAUCGGCUGUGAUAGACAGUCUAAGGACAAUUCAAUUGACACAAUGAGACUCUUGACUCCCCUCAUCAUCGCCUCCAAUGCUAUCCUGGCAGCGUCCCAACUCAUGGGAACGCCGUCCUACGAGUAUCUCUAUACCGUCAAUGCGACCCUCGGCGAACGUUGGCCGAUUGGCGACUACGGUCAAGGUAGCCGCGUUGUAAUUCCCAUCACCGGCGGAACCUUCAAGGGACCCAAGCUUUCGGGAACGGUCACUAACCUUGGUGCCGACUGGGGUCUCACCGACACUAAGGGCGUUUUCUUCCCCGAUACCCGAUACAACCUCAGGACUCAUGAUGGAGUUGAUAUUUAUAUCCAAACUUCUGGUCCGACGCAGCCUGAUGGAAGGACGUUGUUGAGGGGCGUUUUUCAGGCGGCGCACCCGGAUUAUGAGUGGUUGAAUUAUGUCCUUGCCGUUGGUGUUUUGCAGAGGCCACCUGCUGAGAGCAAGGGCAAGUAUGUUGUUAUUGACAUGUGGGCAAUGGUGUUGCCAGACUGUAACGGAAAUUGCUAGGGCGAGGCCGACGGUGAUAUGGCCAGGAUGGACAUUAACUCUCUAUGGAUGGACAUGGCGUGAUUUGAUACACCCUGGUAGAAUGUCACCGCCGUGAUAAUUCCGAUAUGAAAAAGUCAAAAAGGUGCUACAAAGUUCAGAUGAUCGAACUAGUUGUGGAUCUGGGGUAUUCCCAUCGUUAAUGGGAAUACGAAUGUAUGGAAAUGGCGAUAAAGUUCACAGGGGUUGUACAUAAGAAUUAAAUUUACAACUUCACUUCUUGACUCAAUUUCUGAAGAACUCGUGAGGCUGCAAGAACACAUAUCAGCCACUUUUCUUGGAGUAGUGAUAAUGAAAUAGAUCUACA